ACCGCGUCUGGUUGACAUUGUUGUUGUUGAUGUGAGUGAGUGUGAAUUUACUGUACGCUCUUUUCGAGUCCUGCUUGUAAUACGUUGGAAUUGGCACCCGGUGGGUGUAUACACGUCUCUUGGGUUUGGAGUUACAGAGAAAAUUCCCCCCGGAGUAACGGACCAAGGGAUGAGCCAGACAUUACGGCGGCCCUGGAAGGUGUGGUUGUGACUGCUGCUUCACGACAGGAGGAGCCGCCCUGCCCGCAGGCCCACCGGUGAGCUGGGUCCCCAUUUUUUCUUGCUUCAGCUGGGGCCCUCGCAGUGUGAAUUCAUGAUCACAUGACCUUGGAUAUGGACGCAGUCCUGUCCGACUUUGUCCGCUCCACCGGGGCCGAGCCAGGGCUGGCCAGAGACCUGCUGGAAGGUGAGACCGCCCGCCCGCUGCUGCACCGGCAGGAUGACAUGGUACAAGAGAAGCGGCUGUCCCGCGGCAUCUCCCACGCCAGCUCCACCAUCGUCUCCCUGGCGCGCUCCCACGUUUCCAGCACCGGGGGCAGCAGCGAGCCGCUCCUGGACACCCCGCUCUGCACCUUCCAGCUGCCCGACCUGACCGUGUACCGCGACGACUUCCGCAGCUUCAUCGAGAGAGACCUCAUCGAGCAGUCCAUGCUGGUGGCGCUGGAGCACGCAGGCCGUCUGAACUGGUGGACGCGAGUGGGCGCCAGCUGCCAGACCCUCUUGCCCUUGGCCACGACGGGUGACGGCAACUGCCUGCUGCACGCAGCCUCGCUAGGUAACCUGCUGCCCUUCCUCGGCUGGGGAGAGGGGCGCUCCUCCGGCCUGGUGUACACUGAGGAUGAGUGGCAGAAGGAGUGGAAUGAGCUACUGAAACUGGCCUCAAGUGAGCCCAGAAUACACUACACCACAAAUGGGAGCAACUGCUCAGGGGCGGAGUCGUCGGAGGAGCCCGUCUAUGAAAGCCUGGAGGAGUUCCAUGUGUUCGUCCUGGCCCACGUGCUGCGGAGACCCAUCGUGGUGGUGGCCGACACCAUGCUCAGAGACUCUGGAGGGGAGGCCUUUGCGCCCAUCCCGUUUGGGGGGAUCUACCUGCCCCUGGAGGUGCCCGCCGCCAAGUGCCAUCGGUCCCCGCUGGUCCUGGCCUAUGACCAGGCUCACUUCUCUGCGCUGGUGUCCAUGGAGCAGAAGGACAGCUCCAAAGACCAAGCUGUGAUUCCCCUGACGGACUCGGAGCACAAACUGCUGCCCGUGCAUUUUGCCGUGGACCCAGGGAAGGACUGGGAGUGGGGGAAGGACGACGCCGACAAUGUCAGACUGGCCAGUGUGACCCUCUCCCUGGAGGCCAAACUGCACUUGCUGCACAGCUACAUGACGGUGACCUGGCUCCCCCUGCCCUGCGAGGCACAGCAGGCCCCCCUUGCGCAGCCCGAGUCUCCGACGGCCUCAGCGGGGGACGACGCCCGCACCCCUCCGGACUCGGGGGAGUCGGACAAGGAGUCGGUGUGCAGCAGCUCCAAUGGCAACGGCGGCGGCGGCGGCGGGGGAGCGAACGGGAACGGGUCGGCGGCGGGCAGCGGCAAAGCAGCGGGUUCCUGCAGCUCUUCCACCUCCUCCAGCAGCUCCUCUGGCUCCAGCGCGGGGGCCAAGGAGAAGGCCAAGAAGGACAAGGACAAGAAGAGGGCCGACUCGGUGGCCAACAAGCUGGGCAGCUUCGGCAAGAGCCUGGGCAGCAAGCUGAAGAAGAACGUCGGGGGGCUGAUGACGGGGAAGACGGCGGGCAGCGGGAGCAAGCAGGCCGGGGAGACGCAGGAGAAGAAGAAGAAAGGCUCCCUGAAAGGCCGCAAGGGCAGUAAGGAAGGAUCCCCCUCUUCCCAGGGAGGAGGUGGAGGAGGGACAGGCUCAGGGAAAGGGUCCCCGUCUUCAGAAAACGAGCGCCAGUCCGGGGACCCCUAUAAGUACAGCACUGACGUCAAGCUGAGCCUCAGCAUCCUGCGGGCGGCCAUGCAGGGCGAGAGGAAGUUCAUCUUCGCCGGGCUGCUCACCACCAGCAACCGGCAGCCCUUCCAGGAGGAGAUGAUCCAGCGCUACCUGCUGGACGCCGAGGAGCGGUUCCAGGCGGAGCAGGAGCAGAGGAAGGAGGCCGAGCGGAAAGGGGUGAGCGGCAUGGCGGCGCCGCCCCCGCCCAGCGGCCCGGCCGGGAGGAGGGACGGGGCGGACGGGAGCUACCGCUGCUACGAGCCCAAGGAGAACCCCGCCGACGGCUCCCCCCCGCCCUCCUUCAGCCCCCCGGCCCUCAAGGCCUCGUCCUUCUCGCCCACGCUCUCGGGCGUGCUGACCAUCCCCCGGCCCAGCCUCGUGGGCCCGAGCGGCGGCCCGGCCUCCCUCCCCCACUCCCACCCGCUGCCCCCCAGCUACCUAGAGACGCGGCGCCAGCUGGCGGGCGGAUCCUCCUACGGCAGCCUGCCGUCUUACGCCACCCUGCCCCGCCACUGCCCCGUGGCACAGGGGCCGCCCCACCCGCAGUACCCCCCGCCCUCGGGGAGCCCCUCCCGCGUGGCCCGCUGCUUCUCCCCCUCGCCGAGAGACGACGACCCCUCUCCCGGCUACCCGUCCUCUCCGUACUUGCCCCAGGAGUCCGGCUGCGAGGGAGGCUACAGCAAUGGCUACAGGGAAACCCAGCGGGGCCCGGACUGCAGGAACUCAACCCCCCCGGGCAGGCACUUUCCCGUAGGCACGGGGGCGCAGCCCACCAAAUGCAAAACCCCCACGUGCACCUACUACGGCCACCCAGAGACCAGCAACUACUGCUCGUACUGCUACCGCGAGGAGCUCAAGCGCAGGGAAGCAGAGCCUGCCUCUCACAGGUUCUGAAGCGGCAGCCCAGAGUCCGUUCUCCUCCUCUCGUUCCUGCUGUUUUUUUGACGAGGGGAGAGUUUAUGCAGAAGCCUCAGCCCCCACUCCCCCCCCCCCCCCCCUACCCACCCACCUCUUCAUCACCAACGUCGUCACUGGAAGUUUGGGUAACACGACCAGAACCAUGAAAAAUUCCAAAAAUGUCCUCUCUGGCCAUGUUGAUUGGGAAUGCAAUAAUGCUAACGAUAGUAAUAAUUCAAUCACUCAUUAAUAGGGUGCAUUUGAUGGCAAGGGGCAAGUGAGUGGGGGAUGGGGGGGGGGGCUACAUCCGUGAACGGAUUGGGAGGGCAGAGGUCAAAGGUUCCCUUGCAUUGUUCUCGAUUUCUUUUGUGUAACACCUGCAGCGUUCCAUAGCUACCCCACCUCAUUCUAAGUGCUCCUUCAGUUUUGGUUGGUGUUUUUUGCCGCGUUAUUUAAAUUUUCUAGGUCAGUCUGUCAAUAACUAUGCCAACUGCCUUUCUGCACUCUGCACUUGCUGUCUUCUCGAGCUCUAGGGGUCGGGUGUGAACUGCAACUUUUCUCGAAUGCCUUUGCAUCCCCCCUUUGUGCUUUUAAGCAGGGGCGAUUCUCUAGGAGGAUGUGAUCCGUGAAGUUUUUCCUCAAAACGAACGUGGACAAUGUCUUAUGAACAUUUCCUAGCGGACAGAAGUUGGGAUUGCAAGCAGAAGAUUUAACUUGAAGAGAAAGGGAAAAUUGCUUAGCCACACAAUUAAAAGCUUUUUUUUUUUACAUGUCCCAUGUUUCCUGGAAUAUAUUCCUUAAAACAGUCUAUUUAACUAAAUUGCAACAUGGAUUUAAAACAAGUUUAGAAGCAGAACUAGAGACAUCAGUUCAGCCAUUCACAAAACUGGAAUGUUCCUACAGGAUAGAAGACUCAAUUCUGUGAAUAAGAGAGCAGAAUGUACAGCAAACAAUGUCUGCUGGGGGAUAGAGACAGGUGCGCUAUGUGUUAGGCCCAUUUGGUGGUAAAAACCAAGAUACACCACCUAAACUGGUGAAAUUGCAUGUGAUGGGUGGUUGAACAAGCAAGGAAAGAAUACUGUAGUAAGCAUUAGGAAACCUGAACUGAUUUUCCAAAAUUUAGGUAUAUCCAUUGAUUCCAAGAUGGCAGCGUCCAUGUUUAGGGGUUAUGUUAGCAUUUUUAAUCUGUUCGUGUUAUUUACCAUAUGUUAAAUUAAUGAUUGUGUUAUCAAUGGUCAUUUAUUUCUGAGGAACGGUCUUGAAAUUUUCCCUCUCCCUUUAAGAUCUUCUAAGCUAGUUCCUUCCAAAAUCAGUUCAUCAGGUACUCUGGUCUUUUAUGACUCACUUUCCAUUGAAAUAUUGACCAAAUUUGGACCUGUUCAAGUAAUUUUAACCUAUUAAACCUGUCUAGUAGUUUUCUGAUCUUGUUUUGCUAAAAGUUAUUUUUUCAGCAAUGUAUAGAAAACCAAUAUACUUAAUUAAACAAUGCUCAACUGGAAAACGAAAAGCUAGAAGACUCUCUUGUCACAGUGACUGUAGAAAUAGUGCACAAAGACAUCACUUUUCAUUGCAGUUUAGCAAUAAUGAGCUAUUGAAGUAAUUUGUCAAUUGAAGGACCCAAAGGACUACAAAAGUGUCAAGGUCUUCAAACAAUGGUACUAGAGGGGCCCUUUUCAGCAAAGUUUAAUGUAAUAGUAUUAAUUAGAAAUGAUUUGCAAUAAAAAUGUAAAUACAGUUCAGCCCUCAAGAUGAAGGUGAUUCACCUGAACUAGGUGAUUUUGGCAGAUCUGGAAAAUGGUACACUGCGACUCUAAAGAACUAGGAAUGGAAUCUAUGCAAAUUAGAGGAAUGGUUUCACCAUAAAGCCCAGCACAGCUUGCAGUGGGACAAACAGAGCUGUCUUUGUUUAAUGUUGGAGUGUUUUGAAAAUGCCUCGAGUAAUAGCAGAGGAAAAGUAAAUCAUCAAUUCAAAAGCCCCGUAAUUGCCACUAAUCCUUCAAAAUGAUUACAUUUAAAUUGAUCUUUUCAUGAAAAAUGCAGCAGAUCUGGGCUACUAUGCAAACCUACAGCAAAUCCCUCGUUUGCACAGAUUAAGCUCACAUUUUGGAGUGCCCAACAUGGAGUUCUGUUAAAAUUGGCUGUAUUCAGUAGGAGUUAUUUUGUAUGUAAUAUUAUAUUCAUGAAUGAAUUACUCCAUUGUGUAACUUUCAGUGUCAGUCAGCCUUGAUUAACCAGAUUGUUCAGGGGUUAUUCUCCUGCAUAUAUGCAGUAAUUGCAUUAGGAACACAGCAGUUGAGUGUGUGGUUCACACUCGGCCCGAGGACACAUUGUCCUUACUUCUGUGGGCUUCCUGAAGAACCACCGCUGACACACAAACUGCUUCACUUCACAUUUUGCUACUUGCAUUGCUUGUAAGCUCUUGAGCUGAAGUUUUCCCCCUGCUAACAUGAGUAUGCAGCACACUUCUGACUGAUGUUUUCAAGAGCUUGCCGACUGCUGACUGGGAGGUGACUUGGAAUUUGAAACAUAGGAUCAGAUCCCCAAAUUUGUAUCUGUUUGUAAUUACUACUCAUUUUGGGAAAUCUAGGAAUAGUUAAAAAAAAACUCCCAAGUUUGCUGGAUGUGUGCUUUUUUAUGAUUUGAUCAUAGUUAUAUUUGCACAGUUACAGUAGUGGAAACUGUAGCAUUAGCCAUUUUGAAUUGUAUAUCGAUACUGUAUACCUGAAACAAUCAUUACCUAAGGGAAACCUUAGGACUUUUAUUAAGCUAUACAAAUGAGUGGUGAAGUCCCAGAUACUCCUGGCCUCUCAGUCUUCACUAACAGCUCGAUGUCAGUAACAGGCCAAUCAGUUUUUAUUCUUCACCAGGUGGAGACUGUGCGUUCCCAUUUGAGAGCAUAGCCAAUUUUGAAGUCUUGCUUACUGUCGAGUUGCUAGUAUGAGUGUGCUACGAUAAGUCAAAACAAAAGCUUGCUGCCCCUAGUGAUUUUUCCCCCCAUUAUCAUGACAUUAGACCUGUUUGUCGGCAUUAUCCUGCAGUCCCAAUGAGCUCAUUCACAUUUUCCUUCCUGAUGUUGUACCCAUUUGCAAAUACUUCUCACACUCCCAUAAUUGUGCCCAUACUGUGUGGAUCUUAUCUGAUCUUAUCUUAUCUUAUUUCUUUGUGUCUCACUAGGCGAUGCUCCUUCUCUCCAUAAAAUGAACUAAAAACUUUAACGCAUUAUACAGUUCACUGAUGGUGCUGCUAUAUUUGAACCUUAGCAAGUGCCUCUUUUGGAGAAACUGUUAAUUAUUUCAGGUUUUUGAAAGGUCCUAUUCUAAUUUCACACAAGAGAAAUGGAACAUAAAGCUUUUGAAAGAAAUGAUUGAAGUGUCACGGUUUAUUAAAACCCUUGUAUUUUCUAUCCUGUAAUUGAUAUAUGAUUAUGCUCUUACAGUAUUAUGCCCUUGUGUUCAGAACAUGAAAUAUCUCAAAUUUAAUAUUUUGAAGAAGAGAGGAAUUUCUUAAUGGCCCAUUGCAUAUUUCUGGAUUUACUUGGCAUUAAAAAAUAUCUUUUUUAUUUUGUAUGUGAGUUUUGAAAAAGCAAUACUGGCUGAACUGGUGGCACAGACUCUCUUGUUUUCCAUGCUUUGUCAGGUUUGUCAGAGUUGCAGUUAAUGGAUUCUGUCCGUGUUGGUUUCAUUCUAUUUGGAUGCUCAUAAAAACCAUGUAAAUUUUGCAAAACCAGUUCAGGAUGGUAUUUAAACUUUUUCUCAUAAUGUCCAAUACAUCAUGCGUUUACAGGUAAUUUCAAAAGUGUUGGUGGUAAAAACUACAUUUUGUAGGAAAUAACAUAAUAUUUUGUAGAUUGUUGCUGUGCUCCCUGACCUUAAUACAUCUUAUUGUAGUUUCCAUUUAUUUCGUGCAGAUUGGAUAUUUAUUUUCAGUUUGCUAUUGUUGGCUUUGAACAACUUUGUUGAAUGGAAACUCCAAUGUGGUAAAUAUGAAUGGGAGGAUGAUGUAUACUGUAUGUACUCUAUGGGGAUGAGUUUGGUCUCUGCACUGCUGGCCUCAAAACUGAGUCCUUUUGUACAACCUUAGCACUUUCCUUCAGAACUAAUGUGUAACGGUGUCUUGUGUGUUAACUGUUUUCAAAUUACUUUGGGCUGUUUGUCAAUACUUCAGCACCAUGGACAGCAGCUUGGUUCUAGAGAAUGGUGAGAAUGGUAAACAUUAUAACGGCAUGAGACACAUUGCCAGCUAUUCUUUCACCUGAGGCAGCUGUUGGGCCCGGAGCUUCACUGUUUUCUGGUUAGUGACUUUUGCAGUCAGCUGUGCAGUGAAUUUUACCUCUUAAUUGCAGUACUAUCAGAAUUGUUUCUCUUGCUGUUUAUUCCAAGAUGAUCAACUUUAUUACAGAAUUGGUCCCUUUAUAAAAACACUUAGAACCAGAAGCUUUGAGGCUAAGUAGUAUGAAAUAUUCGAAAAAGGGUCAUCUAACUCCCAUCAGACUGAUGCAUUUGUGUUCUGAUUGCUUUGACAGGUUCUGCUUAAUUUGAAUUUACACAGUGUCUUAAAAUCGUAUGUCAGUGUUUUACAAAAGUCAUUGAGAUCAUUUCUGAAUGUAGAAAUUCAGAAUUUGAGAUCAUUUCUGAGUAGAAAUCUCCAAUAUGAAUGACACUUAACAAAAAAGGCACCAAAAGGUGUACAGUUCUUAUAUUGUUAACAGUAGUAACAGGUUAUUAAUUCCUCUUAAGAUAUCUUCUAACAACUACAAGCAUGUCUUUGGACUGUGGGAGGAAAGGGAGAAAACCCAGAGGAGACCCACAGAAACCUGGGGAGAACGUGCUAACCCCCAGCAAACAGCACCCCAGAAACUGAACUGUGAGGCAGCAGAGGUGCCAAUCAACAGUAUUAUCAUCUGAAAUAUUAUUACUAGACUUUAGAAGCAGGAGGACAAGAAACCUGAGUUGCUGACCUAAAUCCAGGCCCUGUAAGGUAUUUGUGUUGGGCUUUUAUUGUCAUACUGACAAGUCACCGUCUUUAUCCUUAACUUCCCCCUUUAAUUUUCCAAAAUGUACGUUUCUCUCGUGGUACUUCAGUUAGCCACCACAGCAUAGCACAUGGAAGCUGACACUGAUGGAAUCCAUAUCAAACAGAGUCCCGUGGUAAGUGGUCAGUGUCCUUGAGCUGAAGUUGACUCUCUUAAGGAGUCUGGCUUUGAGAGAGCUCGUCUCGUAUAAGAUGCAGGAAGUUAGUGGAAUGUUCAGUAUUGACUUUUACAUUUCGGUCUUACUCAUUAAUAAUAAAACUUCUUGAAGAUUUAUUUGCUCCAGAAAAAAACCUUAGUGUGGAAAUAAUACCUUGUUGUGGCAGGAAAAAAAGAAAAAUGUAAGGUCUGUGUUGAUCUGUAUCCAGUGUUAGUGGAUCUUUUGAAAGCAAUAUUAAAAAAACAAAAUGAGAAUGUUGUUACUUGGGUGGGUACAAAAUGCUUAAAUUAACCCAACAGCUGAACUACCUACAGUACAUAGGUCUUUGCACUCUUGUAAAAUGUAAGAUUAACGCAAAAAAUGUCUGAAUUAUAACUUUAGAAAUGAUCAACUUCAGGGGCAGAUGCAUUUUACGUUGUUUGGAGAUGAAAUAUAUUAACAUGAACAAAACAUAAAUUUUACAGAGUGUUUUUCUUACCCCAUAUGCAUUUCAUAGCCAAGCCAAAGUGACUAUUAUAUUAAACAUUGAUGCUGAUCCAAACUAAUAACUAAUAGACAAUGGGGAUUAUACAGCACAACAUUCCGGUGGUGCAAAUAUUCUGUUACCGUGCUAUGGUCGAGAUAUACUGUACAUAUGAAGUUUGAAAUUAAAAUAAACUGCAAGACUUUAAGCACAAAAUCAACCUUAUGAGAAUGUGGCAUUCUCAGAUAAAAAUAUUCCACAAGGUCAUUCGGGAAACAAACAUUUUGAUCUAACUGAUAUUUUAAACGGAGCCUUAAAGGAAUUAUGGCCAGUGUCUCUAUUUUGAUUAAUUUUAUGAAUAUAGCCUUAUAAAGUCAAGCACAAAUUUGCUAGAAUCAAUCAUAAACUUGAGCAUUCUCCUUGAAAUGCCUAGUUUUAAGAUGAGUGUGACCAAUGAUUGCAUUGUAUCUAUCAACAGUUUCUGGAGAAAGUCUUAAAAGAACAGAUUCUUUUGUGCAGUAAAACAUGUUCAUAUUUUGAGGAAGAAAAUAAGGAGGUGUUGAAAUAUUGGGAAUUGAGUGUUUUCUAAGCUACUAGUAUCUUUCAUUUUCUUUAUUUUAUCUGAAACUCGUGAAGUACUGAUGAGUUCUGUGCCUUUCUCAGAGCCUUUGGAAUCCCAACAUACAGAUGCUGUUAAGGCUGGAUUCACUGGAUUUUAUCGCACGGCCAUAGAUUAAACAAAAGGCACAUUGUAUAAAAAUUCAAGACAAGGAAGGCAUAUUUAUUUCUCAGUUUCUUUGCUCUCUUGCUUUCAACUUGUUCUGCUGCAGAAGGUGGUUAAGUUUUAAGUAACAGUUGCCUAACAAUGCAAGGUCUCUUGAGAGACUGCAGAGUGGAGUUUGUGAUGACCAGCAGGUGGCGUGCUUGCUAUAGACAGAUAUUUAGCCUGUCUCUCAUAUCACGUCCUUACUCAUUCAAGUAGUGCCUUGUUCAGGACAUAUAGCAUUUCAUAGAAGAGCCAUGCUUUUUACCUGACUGUGCAAAAUCAUCAUCAUAAGUGAGAAGAAAUUUAGAGUCAUGAAACUAAGGGAGAUGUAAAAAAAAAAAAACUGCAUGCAUAAAUAUAUGUGUUUGUUUAUGAGGGAAUCAGAUUUUUCUCUUGAAAAAUGUUUGAAAAGCAAUGAAGGUGGAGAAGCUAGCAGGUAUACACUGAAGGUAUAUUCUGAAGGUCUUCUUGCUAUCCUAUGAACUUUGCAUCAUGGUGUGCUGCGAAUGAACCUUGUCAGUUUAAUUUUGAGAAGCUAUUUUUAACCAGCUGUUUUUACUGGACAACGGCAUAAUGAUGUCACUUCAUGCUCUGGUAAUUCGGUCCAAGAUAGCAAGGGGUGUAUGUCAUUUUGUACUCUUUGCUCCUGUGGAUGCUGAGCCUGACUGUAUUAUAGAGAAAACACGUUUUACUCUCUCAGUUGCAUGAAGAAGCAAUUGGAGUCCAGAAGGCUCCAGACAUCCUGUUUUAUUUAGGGAGGAGUGUAAAAGGACUUGUUUUGAUGCAGAGUUUUUAGAUUGGCGAGGUAUCCCUUUCGCUUUGUUAAUAUGUCAGUAUAUGUAUAUUUGAAGCACCACUGCAAAUGUUUGUGUGUUUUGCACAAUUUUCAAACUUUUGGAAUACAUCCGUGUUUUUGCAUUAGCAUUGCGCAAAACAUAAAAAGGUUUUUGUUUGCUAAACGAAUUUCUCUUAACAUCUUCAAAAUCAAGUCUGUAAACCUAAUGCAAUAAAAGGUGAUACUUUUCAUAUAUCUAGCUUUUUUUUCCAGUAUUACAGUUGUAACCUAAUAAAGGACACAUCACAGUCUUACACUCUGAAAGACCAAGUAUAUUCUACAGUGGCAUAGUAAACUGCAUACUUUACAAAUCUGCCGGGUUUCUUAUUGAAUUUGGAUGCUUUGUUAAAGAAUUGGAGCCUUUGGUUUAGUUUCAAAAUGAUAGCGAAGUGGACUGUGUAAGGGGCUAUCAAACCAGUGCCAAUUUGCUUGUCUUUUCUUAUUCACCUUGGAAUUAAUUUUACAUUCACUAGUAAUAAGCAAUAGAAGGCCGCAAAUUGAAUGUGGUGAGGUGACUUAAUCUGUUUGUUUUGGCUUGAAUUCCAAGUGAAAUGUAACUCUCAACCAUUGUGUGAUCAGAGAGGAGAAGGAUAGGCUUCAAUUCUCUGAAACCUCUAGGGAAUGAUUCUGGGAAAGAACUAGAAACUCCUGAUUGUGUUAGACAGAUGUGUUUGUUCAAAAUCCCAUUAUUCCUAACCAGUGUGCAUGUGUAUGGAGACAGGGCUGUCUGUGUUCAAAGAAGCAAACGCUGGCAAACGCAGGGAUGGAGUGUUGUUCCGUCCAUCGAAGCUGUGGGCUUAUGUGCAGGGGUUGGAGCCCUUUCUAGUCUACCGCUUCUGACGUCAAACCUGUUACUCUGUCAGCGGAAACAGUCCAGCUUGUGGAAGGGUCGCGUGUCACUUUGUGGAGCACGCCGCAGUGCGUGACUCCUCUAUGCUUGGAGAAAUUAAAUCCCAGAGAGGGAAUCGGAGAAUGUGAUGGUUGCUUUUUAAAAAAAAAUCAUUGUGUAUUUGUUUUUUCAUUAUUUAUUUUGUUUUCACUUGCAGUGGUUUCUCGCUUCACUCGGUGAAGGGAGAACAAUGUGGCGUUUUCAGUGCUUUGGACUUCACCGAUCUGGAAACCUCUUCAGAAUGAAGAAGGUGGGAGGGGCUGGGCGAGGCUGUGUAAAUCUGUAUCUUCAAGUUAUUUUUUUAAAGCAAUACAAGACAAACCUUUUACAAUGUUUUUAAAGAGCUUGGUAAGAUGGGAUAUCGUCAAGACACUAAAAAAGCAGCACGGGAGACGAAGGGCUGCUCGUGUCACGAGUCUGGAAGUCAGUAUUCUUUCAAAUGGACGAUCCGUAUGGUUUUGAAAUCGAGCCGCAAGGGGACUCCUGCACGGUAUUUAUUGUGAACAAAAGUAUUAGCUACUCAGAUCAUUAACAAACUGACAAAAGACUGGUUUGAAAUUCUAUAUUUAUAGUCAAGAUUUCCAUUGUUUUUUUUCUUUUACUGGGAAUGUUUAGCAAACUAAUGGGGUGUCCUUCCCACAGUGGUUCAUUGUCGGUCAGACCUUUCAUUUUAUUUAGAUCCUUUUUAAAUUAAUUUAUUGCCUCUGAUGAUACAAUUGAAUAUUCUUCAACAGGUCAAGCUCUUGAUUCAAGGUAAAUUCUUUGUCAAGAAUUAAUAGACAUAUUUGGACUCUGUUAAAGGUCUUUAUUUGAUCCACACUUAUGUAUUUGGGGUUUAUUUUUAAAUAGGCUCAGUUUCAUUCCAAUAAGCACAGCUUUACUGUAAAAACUUCAGCUAGGACUAUCAUCUUGGCCAGUUAGUGCUGUGACACUCUGGGACAGUUGAAGAUUGAAAUCUUCCUUCUAAAACUCACUCUGGUGUUAAAGCCCAGCUGUAAAAGUGUUAGUCACUGAACCCAGUUUGGCUCAUUGUUGUCGGGUCACACCAGUGUGGGUGAUGUUUUUCCCUAAGCUGUGCACAGCAAAGCCUGAGGGAAUUGUGUUCAACAACAGCAGCUGACCAUCUGACCGCUUGAUUGUGUUUGAGGGGAGAGUUCUACAAAGAGAUUCAAAACAGAAGUAUUUGCACUGAUAGGUGCUGCUGGACUUGAGUUCCCACAUUCUGCUGCAAAAAAUAUACUGUUAUUUUGGGGCAAAUUAAAGGGCUAAAGAGCACUACCAUAAUUUUAAAUGACUGUUGAAUUUCCUUAUUCGUUUUAAUACCCUGUCCCGUGUGUUUGCUUUAUUUUAGUGUUCUAAUACUCGGUCUGCAAUAAUAAAGAAAAUGAAAAAUGAACCAUUUCAAGAUCUGCCUUGAAAGUGACUCAACUCUCUGCAAUAUUGAACCAAUGCAACAGCGCUGUCUCCUGUUAGUAUUUUUAUUGAAUUCAAGAAGUAAGAUCUUCUGUCCUUUUGUGUAGCAGAGAGCGUGUUGGUAGAAGGGGAGGUUGUGUACAGCAGUAUGUCCAAGAGGCAUCUCUAGAGGAAACAGCUCGAUAAGAGCAUCUUGAAGGUUUUGGACUUUUUUGUCCGAAAAAAUUAUAAACUGAGCUCUGGAAUGCAAUAAAGCAAAGAGCACAGGCUGUUAAAACUAAUAAGGAAUAGGAAUUGUCAUUGUUAAUAUUUAAAGUUUCCUGAUUUACUGCCCAGCAGCUCUUUUAUGAGACUUCCACUGUCCCAUCGUUGAGUCAGGUGCCGACCUGUAGAGAUGUGAUGAGCUGGGUGGGAGAACUGAUUUCACAAGAGCCAAACUGGAGCUUCGGCAAUUUGCAGCUACUGGGAAGAGUCCGCUAUCUCACAAACCUCUUUCACUUUGGCAAUGGUAACACUUGUAGUCAUUAAUGGAAAAAGAAAUAGUGGGCUGUACUACGUAUACAUUACCCUCAAUCAUCUUUGGUUGAAUGUGCAAGAUUGUUGGCCUGUCAGACAUUGCAACCUCAAGGGAAUGAGGACCCAUUUUCAUGUUCUCUCAAGUGUUUUUGCACCGUUUGAAUAAAUUCUCAUUUUAUUGCAA